GCCAUUUUGUGCUGCUGCGCCGGGUAUUUAUCCGAAGAGUCGUGACUGUCUCGUUUACACAGUUUGGUUAGGUGRUUAGACGGUUCUUGUUUUACCCAGUAUUGCAUUACCAGCCCGUGGCCUUCGAUUAGUUCACGCCAAGUGCGAUUUUUCUUGACCCGUUAGUAAUUAUUAGUUUUGUAUAUAUAUUUUUUUUGUUUUUGUAAAUAUCCCGUGAGAAAGAAUGUCGAGCUCAAGCCCCGAAUACUCACCGUUCUUCGCAGUGAUGGGUGCCUCCGCGGCUAUGGUGUUCAGCGCCUUGGGAGCAGCCUACGGCACAGCAAAGAGCGGCACGGGUAUUGCUGCCAUGUCUGUGAUGAGGCCAGAGCUCAUCAUGAAGUCCAUUAUCCCUGUGGUCAUGGCCGGUAUUAUAGCCAUCUACGGCCUGGUAGUAGCAGUGCUGAUUGCCAACAACACCUCAGAGACGAUCACUCUAUACAAGAGUUUCCUCCACCUCGGAGCUGGACUGAGCGUGGGCCUCAGUGGGCUGGCAGCAGGCUUCGCCAUCGGCAUCGUGGGCGACGCCGGCGUGAGGGGCACAGCUCAACAGCCAAGGCUUUUCGUGGGCAUGAUCCUCAUCUUGAUUUUUGCCGAGGUCCUGGGUCUCUACGGGCUCAUCGUUGCCCUCAUUCUGUCCACGAAGUAAACACCCCAAAACAUCUCCACUACGAGAUCGAUCCUUUAUGUUGCUGCUGGAGGAAGUGUAAAAGUGGGGGGGAAUAAUUAAAAAAAUUAAACAAAAUAAAAUCUGCCAUGCAAGAUGAAAGAAAUGAAAGUGGAGAAAAAAAUGAUUUAAAAUGGCUCCAUAAAUAUGGUCUUUUUCUCAAAUGUGUAUAGUUGUCCCGAUUUGAUAGUCAACUUGUAAAUGCGCAAUGUAGUGAUUUGUCUGUCUUGUAUGUGUGUGUGCGUGUUAAAAAAAAAAAAGUAAGAUGAAGAUUUUUCUGUUUGUCCCUCCACUUAUUUCAGGCUUUGAAUCCAGCUGAGGCAGCUUGGCUUCUGGUUUUAGAGAGCUGACCAAAGGGCCGCACAGCUUUUAUUUCUCCUCCUGUAUUUAGGGCGGAGUUGUAAGAUUAUCUGAAUUAAUCUCGAGGAUCUACUUGUAAAAAAAAAAAAAAAGUUGUGUAUGAACUUAAGAUCUUUAUUUUGUCUGUUUUUCACUGAUUUUAUUUAUGAGAAAUUGUUCAUUGAUCUGUUAAAAUGCAGCGAAAGUCUAAUUGUCCAGGAUAUAUUUACAUAUAUAAAUCUAUAUACAGACAUAUAAAUAUCUAUAUAGAUAGAUUUUAAUGCACUGUGGGUUAAUUGUGAUAAGUGGUUGGAAUUCCUCUGGAUGUAAAUCUUGGUUUAAUAAUUAAGACUGCCUUUUAGUACGUUGCUGGUGGAGUGGGAGUUUUGUGUGUAGCUGUAUUCUAAUCAAAACGCAACCAUCUUCAAAAACUUCAGUGUUUCUUCCUGUAGUACUGCUGUUUGCAUUAAGUGUGUGUGUGUGAGCGUGCGUGCCCUGUGUUGGGUCUCACAGGUGUAAUUUUCCACAUUCCAUCUCCUCUCUCCACUCUUCUUCACGACCUCCCGUUUCAUCUGUGGCUGUACCUCAUCUUCCUCAUUCCAGCCAUUUAAAUCCUGCAUGGGGUUCAGUGUUUUCUUGCUGUUGGAAUCUAAACUUGCAGAGCAGGUUUGUUUCAGAAGAUUUAAUCCAGAUCCGAAUGCAACUUCAAUAUCAAAACGAUUUAAAAGGAAAACUACAAAAGAUAUCAUUUAGAUUCAGGAAGRUUGGUUCGUGUUCAGAUUUCUUGUAGUUUUCUUCCAUUUUGAUCUGGAGUUUUUUUUCUGGAAAUGAAACUGCUGGUGCAUUUUACUGAAGCGGCAAUCUAAAAUCCUGUACAAACGCUGAUAUUGAAGCUAUCCUGAUGUAUCGACGUUUUCACAAUUAAAGAUUCUAACUUUUGACUGA